AAGGAGGAGGGGGGGACCCGGUUCCUCUUUGGGAGGGGUUGGGCAGCUCAGACCCCCCCCUAAAAAGCCCAGGAAGUGCUGAGGAUUUGGGGUGCCCCCCUGGGGGGUCUGCAGAGAGGGGGCGCGCUUGGCCUCGUCUCCCCUUCCUCCUCCAAGGACAAGAGAGCCGGGAAGGGUAAAGGGGGUGGGGGUCAGGUUGGGGUGGGGGGUCAGGCUGAGGCGAGGGGGGUGCCCCACUUUGCACCUCAGAGGCCGCCUCCGAGCCCCCCCAACUCCCCCGCCCCCCCCCCCGCCGUAGGGCCGAAGGAAACAAAAGUCUGGGCUGGUUGCAGUUUCUCCCCCCCCCACCCCCCACCACCACCCCCCCAUGGAAGAGCCCGUGACCCACGGCGGAUCCCACGCAGCCCCAUGGCUACCCAGCAGCCUGCAGAGUAGCUGAAGCGGGAGGUAGCCAAUGUCGUCCAGCAAAGGGGCGGGGGCUGGAUCUCGCCGGCGCCGGACGCGCUGCCGUAAGUGCAAGGCCUGCCAGCGGAGCGAGUGCGGCGAGUGCCACUUCUGCAAGGACAUGAAGAAGUUCGGAGGCCCGGGGCGCAUGAAGCAGUCCUGCCUCCAGAGGCAAUGCACGGCGCCCGUCCUGCCGCACACGGCCGUGUGCCUGCUCUGCGGCGAGGCCGGGAAGGAGGACACGGUGGAGGGGGAGGAGGAGAAGUUCAACCUGUCGCUCAUGGAGUGCUCCAUCUGCAACGAGAUCGUCCACCCCGCCUGCCUCCAGAUGGGGAAGGCGGAAGCUGUGAUUAACAAUGAGAUUCCCAACUGCUGGGAGUGCCCCAAAUGCAAACGAGAAGGGAAAUCCACCAAGGACUCGGGCGGCGACGGGGCCGGGAAGCGCCGGGCGGACAACGGCGAGGACGGGGUGCGCUGGAAGCUGACGGACGAACUGGCCCAGCACAAGAAGAAGCUGCUGCCGGCCCCGCCCCCCGCGGACGAGCCCCCCGCCAGCGCCCACAAGCGCAAGAAGGAGAAGGAGCUGCCGCCCCCCGACACGGGGCCCAAGAAGAAGUUGAAAGGCGGGCGGGAAAAACACUUGAAGAAGGCCUCCGAGCAGCCGUCGGAGGGGAACAAGGGGCAGCCGCUGCCGAGCUGGGGCCGUGUGGGGAGCGGCGACUUGGAGGUGAAAGGGUCCAUCUCCCACUCGACCAUCCACCUGAGCCAGAUCGGCCCCAGCGACCUGGAGAAAACCAAGGCACCUCAGGGACCGCUGGAGCCUUCUGCCCAGUCGGACAAGUCUCACCAGCGGGAGAAGCUGGAGCGCUUCAAGCAGAUGUGCCAGAUGUUGGAGCGGGUGAAGAACAGCAGCAGCUCCAGCUCCAGCUCCGACUCGGACUCGGACACGGACUCGCGGGGCUCGGAGGGCUCCAGCGGGGGAGAACCACCACCGGGCCGCCAGCAGGGGAGCGAGCGAGCCAAGCAGCAGGCCGGGGGCCGGAAGGGGGGCCGGCCGGCCGGGCAGACGGGCCUGCACAUGGUGGCCCGGACUCAGUUCCUCCAGUGGCCCCUGGUGCCCUCGCCCCCCAAGCCCCUGCUGCAGCUGGAGCGGCACGUGGUGCGCCCGCCCCCCGACAGCCCCGAGCCGGACUCGCUGCCCCUGGACAGCGGCUCGGACCACGUCAUGCAGCGCGACGUCUGGCUGGCCGUCUUCCAGCACCUCAGCUACCGCGAGCUCUGCGUCUGCAUGCGGGUGUGUCGGACCUGGAGCCGAUGGUGCUGUGAUAAGCGCCUCUGGACCCGCAUCGACCUGAGCCGCCGGAAAUCGAUCACCCCGUCUAUGCUGAGCGGCAUCAUCCGCCGGCAGCCGGCCAGCCUCGACCUCAGCUGGACCAACAUCUCCAAGAAGCAGCUCAUGUGGCUCAUCAAUAGGCUACAGGGCCUGCGGGAGCUGGUCCUUACAGGCUGCUCAUGGUGCUCCGUCUCGGCGCUGAGCACCGCCAGCUUCCCCUCGCUGCGGCUGCUCGACCUGCGCUGGAUCGAGGACGUCAAGGACUCGCACCUCCGGGAGCUGCUGCUGCCACCCACAGACAGCAAGCCAGGUCAGACCGAGAGCCGGGGCCGGCUGCAGAACGUCUCCGAGCUGCGUCUGUCGGGGCUGGACAUCACCGACUCCUCGCUGCGCCUCGUCGUCCGCCACACGCCCCAGCUCGCCAAGCUGGACCUGAGCCACUGCAACCACGUGGGUGACCAGUCCGUCAACCUGCUGACCGCUGCUAACUCGCCCCUCCGCGACAGCCUCGCCGAGAUCAACCUCUCCGGGUGUAACCGCCUGACGGACCAGUGUCUGCCUCUCUUCCGACGCUGCCCGCGCCUCUCCCGCGUCGAUCUGCGCUCCUGCCGCCACGUCACCCCCGAGGGCUGCGCCCGCUUCUGCGAGGACUCAGGGCCCCCGGCCCCCCCGCCUGCCGGGCCGCCCUUCCGCUGCCCCGAGGAGAAAUUGCUGAUCAAAGACAGCUAAUAGCCGGGCGGGGCCAGGCUGUGCCAGAGACUUGAAGAGACCUUUUACUAAAGCCAUGCACUGAAUCAUGGGGGUCCGGGGGCCUUCCGGGGCUGGGGGCGGCCAGGGGGGGACCGGGGAGAGGACCCGCUCCCCACCCAUCUCUGAUUUGGGAGGGGAUCCCAUUUGGGGGUGUCUGGGGGGGGCUCAUUGGAGUUGGUACUGCCCCCCGGGGGGGUGGAAGCAAGGAUGCCGGGGGGGGGAAUGCACUGGUACUGGUGGGCACAUCCCCUCCCCCUUUAAAAAAUCUCCCCCCCCCCCCCCAGCUCCUCAGCGUGCUGCCUUUGGAAUUGGUUGUGUCCGUUGCCAAGUGUGUGGCUACUGGAUCUGGCCCCCCCCUCACCACCGCACCCCCUCUGUGGGGGGGCUGUAGCACUGAUGGUUUAUCCCCACCCCCACACACUCCCACUCACUCCCUGGGGGGCAGCCCCGCCCCUGCCCGAUGCCCCGCCCCCCUCGGAUCGACCAGCUUUAAAUAACCACUUGUGGGGGCAGUGUCUGGAUUUCCUCCCCGGGGCGGGGGGCCCUCCUAAUGCCCCUCCCCCUUCAGCUGCGGGGGAGGGGGCUCGGAUCCCCCUCCCCGGGCCCCCAAACUUGAACCUCCUUUUCCGAAACGGUUCCGCUUCCCCCCGGCUCCUCCCACUGGGGGGAAGGGGGCGUGGCUUUGCCCGGCAGGGCAGCGGUUCUACCUGUGGAUCAGGGGAGGGGGUGGGGGGCGCCCUGGUCCGUGCCCCAAGGAGAGGGGGGUCUGGCCCUUUGGUUUGUGGGGUGUGGUGGGACGGCCUGGCAGUGGGGAGACCCCCGGUCCCCGAUUUGGGCAGCGGGGGGAGGGGGGCGGUGGCAUCCUCUCUCCGUGGGGCGGCCGUCCCGCUGCGCAGCUGGGAGGUUGGGGGGCAGGGCGGGGCAGGCGACCUUCCUUUUGAUACUUGAAACCCCCCCCCCGCGCCCCGGCUAACGCGUUACUUGAAUCGUAGCUGUAGGUUCUGCCGCCGGAGGCGAAAGACGCAAAGAAAAAGGUAUUUCCCUCCCCUCCCCCCGUUUUUGUUUCUGUUCAGUGUUUAAAGGCCAAGGAAAUGUCGGGGGGUCGUCCCCCCAAUCCCCUGGGGCACCCCCUCCCGGGGGGGCGGCGAUCUGUCGGUGCUGGGGGGCAGCGUAGGUCUGGGGGGGGGGGAAUCCCCCAGCCUGAUGGGGAUGUCUGUGGGGCUUGACGGGGGACCCUUAAGGCUGGGUCUGUUUGGGGGCGCGCCCCCCCCUCAGUUGGGACGCUGCCUAUCAAGGGUUAAGAGGAAUCUGGGGGGGGGGGUUCCCACAUAGCUCCACCCCCACAUCGGUAGCUCCCCGUUCCUGGCCAGUUCUCCGUGUCCCUUCCAGCGUCACACACUCCAUGCGGACUCCUGGCGGGGCCGGGCCUUGGCGAACCCUCCCUCCCUCCGCAGGCUCGGGGGCGGGGUCCCCGGUUCCAGCCCGGCUCUGCGCUGGGUCGUUUGAAGCGGGUGUUUUUAUGGAAAAUGCCUCAGGUUUAAAAGACCGAAAGUUUAAAUAUUGGAGAGAAAAUCCCAGCAGGCACGUUGGGCUAACGCUGCUGCUACGGGGUGGGGCCGAGGGGGGGAGUAUUGGGAAGGUCAGACGGACAGAGCCGAGAGACGGACGGGUCCCAUAGACAGACGGGCAGAGCCGAGAGAGAGACAGAUGGACACAGCGAUCCCAUGGACGGAUGGACGCGGCGAUCCCAUGGUUGGAUCCCACAGACAUGCAGUGAUCCCAUGGACGGAUCCCACAGACACGUGGCAGUCCCUCAGAGAGAUCCCCCGGACAGACCCAUGGACGGAUCCCACAGACACGUGGCAGUCCCUCAGAGAGAUCCCCCGGACAGACCCAUGGACGGAUCCCACAGACACGUGGCAGUCCCUCAGAGAGAUCCCCCGGACAGACCCAUGGACGGAUCCCACAGACACGUGGCAGUCCCUCAGAGAGAUCCCCCGGACAGACCCAUGGACGGAUCCCACAGACACGUGGCAGUCCCUCAGAGAGAUUCCCCGGACAGACCCAUGGACGGAUCCCACAGACACGUGGCAGUCCCUCAGAGAGA